UCUACUGUGGAACAUUCCAAGGAAAGCAACAAACUUGUGGUGGACCCUCUACCAGAAAAGUCUCUGUAUCUCCAGUUUCUCAGUUGCAUCUCUCAAAAGCAAAAUUUCACUCAUAUCUCAUCUUGUUCAAGUGUUUGGAGAACGGAAGAUCAUGCUGAACUUUGUGCUUUGCCUGACGCUCUCCAUUGCCUAUGCAAAGGAGCCUCCACAAUUAGGCACAAUUGAACUGAGCAUGAUGAACCAAAGCAUUGAUGACAUGUUCUCCAACUGCAUUGACAAAAUGGCUACACAAGUGCAAGAGGUUUACUUCCCAAGAGAGAUCCAGAUAUCUCCAUUUCGAGAUGCAUGGAAGAAGGCGACAUCAUGUGCACUUAAAAAACUAGAAACACUGCAGACAAAAUCCAAAGAACUGACUAUCAAUCACACAAAGGCUCUAUGCAUUUACACACUUGAAAGUCCAAAGGUUUACGAACAACUAAACACAGCACUGAGAACUGGUGCACCCAAUUACAACACUACUGCCUUCCAAUAUCAUGCUUUAUACUUUUGGAUUACGUCUGCCUUACAGAUCAUGAAUUCCUGCCAAACUACUUACAGAAGAACCAAAAAUGUGUAUAAUGGAAUUGUCAACACAACAAUGCGCUUUGGCAACUUGGCUUCCUCUUCUUUGCGCCCUAAUAUGAAUGACAUUAUUUUUGGUUCAGUGACUUGUUUUCAUAUCAAGACCUGCUUAGGAGCGUACAUUGGUAAUUUCUCUACGUAUCCAAGUGAGGAAGAAGUGCUUAUUCCUCCCUAUGAAACGUUCAAAAUAAUUAAAAUUGUGGCAACAUCCUAUGGAGCGCUGAAAUGUAAUAAGAUCUUUGUGCUGGAGAGUGUAGGGCACAAGAGUAAUCUCAACUGUAAGGCAGUCAGUCACAACCAGGGAACUAGGGCCAACAUUCCCUUAAUACUUGGUUUUCAGCUUUUGAUUGGUUUGAUAUGGAAUCAUUUUCAUCUUAUUUAAUACUUACGUUUAUGUGUCUGAUUAACAAAAAUCACUCAGGAAUCUCAGUGUACAUAUUACUUGAUUUACUUGGUUAUACUGAUUUAUAAAUUGUACUACUAUUAGAUAAUACUUUGAGAGAAUCUGACAUUCUAUCUACCUUGCACUUCUCAGGAGCUUGAAUCAUGCAAAUACUGAUUUUGUUUAAAAACAACCUGUACAAGAUGUGUUAAUAAAAAGUAUUUCUGGA